AGUUAUUUCACAGAUGCCACUGGGGUAGGUAAACUGACCCAACUCUGCAGCACUCAGAAGACGAAGCAAAGCCUUCUACUUGAGCAGUUUUUUCUUCCCUGAUAUGUGCAGGAAAUGAAGACAUUGCCUGUCAUGCUUGGAACUGGGAAAUUAUUUUGGGUCUUCUUCCUAAUCCCGUAUCUGGACAUCUGGAACAUCCAUGGGAAGGAAUCAUGUGAUGUACAGCUUUAUAUAAAGAGACAAUCUGAACACUCCAUCUUAGCAGGAUAUCCCUUUGAACUAGAAUGCCCUGUGAAACACUGUGCUAACAGGCCUCAUGUGACUUGGUGCAAGCUCAAUGGAACAACAUGUGUAAAACUUGAAGACAGACAAACAAGUUGGAAAGAAGAGAAUAACAUUUCAUUUUUUAUUCUACAUUUUGAACCAGUGCUUCCUAAUGACAAUGGGUCGUACCGCUGUUCUGCAAAUUUUCAGUCUAAUCUCAUUGAAAGCCACUCAACAACUCUUUAUGUGACAGAUGUAAAAAGUGCCUCAGAACGACCCUCCAAGGACGAAAUGGCAAGCAGACCAUGGCUCCUGUAUAGUUUACUUCCUUUGGGGGGAUUGCCUCUACUCAUCACUACCUGUUUCUGCCUGUUCUGCUGCCUGAGAAGGCACCAAGGAAAGCAAAAUGAACUCUCUGACACAGCAGGAAGGGAAAUUACCCUGGUUGAUGCUCACCUUAAGAGUGAGCAAACAGAAGCAAGCACCAGGCAAAAUUCCCAAGUACUGCUAUCAGAAACUGGAAUUUAUGAUAAUGACCCUGACCUUUGUUUCAGGAUGCAGGAAGGGUCUGAAGUUUAUUCUAAUCCAUGCCUGGAAGAAAACAAACCGGGCAUUGUUUAUGCUUCCCUCAACCAUUCUGUCAUUGGACCGAACUCAAGACUGGCAAGAAAUGUAAAAGAAGCACCAACAGAAUAUGCAUCCAUAUGUGUGAGGAGUUAAGUCUGUUUCUGACUCCAACAGGGACCAUUGAAUGAUCAGCAUGUUGACAUCAUUGUCUGGGCCCAACAGGAUGUCAAAUAAUAUUUCUCAAUUUGAGAAUUUUUACUUUAGAAAUGUUCAUGUUAGUGCUUGGGUCUUAAGGGUCCAUAGGACAAAUGAUUAAAAUUUCUCUCAGAAACUUAUUUGGGAGCUUUUUAUAUUACAGCCUUGAAUAACAAAAUCUCUCCAAAACUGAUUGACAUCAUGAGUAGCAGAAUAGUAGAACGUUUAAAUUUAGCUACAUUUUACCCAAUAUACAAACUCGAUCUUGCCUUUGAAGCUAUUGGAAAGACUUGUAGGGAAAAGAGGUUUGUGUUAUCUGGAUCAGUUCACUACACACUCUUGAAAACAAAAUGAUGCAAUUUGACUAACCAACCAUAAAUACAGUAAUGAUUGUACAUUUCAAGUCAGUCUUCCAUAAUAAGAAAUUUUUCUUGUGUCAGUCUAAGAAUGGUGUUUCUUAAACGCAAAGGAGAAAUCAUUUUAGGCUUGAUAUGAGAAAAUGAAAAUAAUAAAUGGUGCAAUAAAAAUAUAGAAUAUACCAAUUGGAUAUAGGGUAGAUGUUCCACAUAUCUGGCAAACAAAUGCUUAUAUCUACUCUGUUAGAUUGAUAAGCAAAUAUAGGUAUUAAUGGAGCAGUCAAUGUAUAGCACAUUUAUGAGCAAAGUAGAGACUCACUGUUUGGGUCACAUAGACUAAUGGAUAGGAAUGUGACAUAAUGCUGCUGAAUUAAUAUACUUAUGGGCAUCUGAAUAGUUUAAAAGUUAGUCAGAAUAGGUAUCAUUGGACAAGUGAAGAUAGCUUAAACUGCUUCAUGCUUGACUUGAUAGCAAGUUAAAGUGCAAUUAAUGGAAUGGAGGAAAACCCAGAAUAUUUAAUUGGUCUGUAGGGGUCAAUUUGCUUUCAUUCACCACAUCUGCAUCUUGCUGUUCUUCUUACUAAGGAAUCAGGGCAAAUCAUCUGUAGUGACAUAUUUUAGUUUGCUAAUCAUUUAUUUUAAAAUACUGAGGUUGCAGCCACUUAAGAGUAUAGCAAAAGAUGGAUUCAGAUUUUUGGACUUUCCAAAGUACUUGAGCUAAACUAUUUCAAAAAUAGCCUAUAAUUUUAUUCAACAGUUUGAGGCUAUUCGAAUUUUCAGGUGCUGCUACUGAAUAAUGUAAUAGUCUUCAUACAAAGUGGAUAGCAAAGGUUAAAAUCCAUUUGAACAAAUAUGUGAGCUGAGCUGCUGCACAAAUGAAUGUGAUCUCUGUGUGUGUGUGUGUGUGUUAGGUGGGGUGGGUGACAACAGAAAUGGUGCACGAGAAACUGAUCAAAUUGACAUUAUAUUUUCAGUUUGCUUAUGAAGCUCAAAAUACUAGAGUAAAUAGGUCAUUAAAGAAAAUAAUAUGUGAAAUUAUGGAGUUCAGAGUACAAGUGGGGUAUAUAUACAAAAAGACAAAACUGAGGUUUUGUGGUGGAGAGAUUUUCUUAAGUAACACCGGCAUUAAGUUUUAGCUCCUUAGAUUUGGGGGUGCAGAUAUUCUUUUGAGUCACUGUUAUUUUGCCAAUUACACCUAGAAUUUUAAGCAACCAAUUCGAGAUAGGCUGUUCUAGCCAGGCUGCAUUUGUGGACAACUUAUGUAAGAAAGACAUGUUAGAAUAGCUGCUUGUGGUAUUCUUAAAAAUAGAAACAGGAAAUAUGGGGAGGAUACAUUUAGCUGUCCUCUUAUCAGAUGAACACACAAAGUUGAACAGUUCCUUCAUGAUUCUCUCAAACUUAAAAGCAAAAUAUUUCCGUCUUAUUUAAAAUAUUCUUAGUAUGUCUUGUAGUAAAGAUAAUGCUGAUAAUGAUUUCAUCUCUAAGAUGUAUUAAUAUAUUUGUACUGUUUGCCAAAAUCACAAAUCAUUUAUGUUUUUAUUCCUUUUCAAAAUGGUGUCAGAGACAUACAUGCAUUUUCCCAAAUGAAUCUAUUUCACUAUUAUUUACAUGGCUUAUUUCAUUAAUUUAUAGAGGGUUUGAGAAAAAGAAUACAUAGAUAAUUUAAUGGUUUUUCACAAAUUUUAAGCUUGUUGAUUGUGCUCAAUGAGAAGGUAAAGUUAUUAAAACUUAUUUGAAAUCAAUUUGGCAUCUGCUUUUGUACCCCAAAAUGUGUGGACAUGAAUAGAAUACUGAUUCUUAAACCUCCUGACACAUAAAAGUGACCCCAAUAACUUGCUAAACUGCAGACUAUUAACUUGCAGCACUAAGAAAUUCUGAUUCAGGAGGUCUAGAAAAUGGCUCUUUAAUCAUCUUUAAAGGACAUGCCAACCAAUUUUAAUAUGUUUCCCAGUGUCCACAAUUUGAGAAACCUAGUAGAGGCUAGGUUUGGUAUAUGUGGGUUAUUUGAUCAGUUUUGUGCACCAACCGAAACUAUCUAGUCCCCAGAAUGAAUUCUCUGGCGCGAUCAUAUCUAUUUUGCUAAAUAUAUAAACUUUUUUCAGAGCACUUUUAGGUUCAGCAAAGCUAAGCGGAGAGCAUUGAGAGUUUCUAUACCGUCUUCCCCCACACAUGCACAGUUUCUCCCAUCAUCAACAUCCUGUACUUCAGUGGUGCAUUUGUUACAAUCAGUAACUAGAAUUGACAUGUCAUUGUCAACCAAAGUUCGUGGGUUACAUGAGGGUUCACACUUGCAGUUCUUUGGGUUUUGACAUGUAUAAUGACAUGUAUCCACCAUUAUAGUGAUUUACAGAAUAGUUUCACUGUCCUAAAAACCCUCUAUGGUCUACUCAUUUAUCUCUCCCUCCAAGCCCCUGACAACCACUGCCUCUAUUGCUUUCCUUUUCCAGAGUGCCAUACAGUUGGCGUCAUGCCCCAUGUAGCCUUUUCAGAUUUGCUUCUUUCACUUAGUAAUAUGCAUUUAAGUUUCCCCCAUGUCUUAUCAUGGCUUGAUAGUUCAUUUCCUUUUAAUGGUGAAUAAUAUUCCAUUGUCAGAAUGUACCACAGUUUAUUUAUCUGUUCAUCUACUGAAGGACAUUUUUGUUGCUUCCAAGUUUUGACAAUUAUGAAUAAAACUGCUCUAAACAUUUGUGUGCAGGGUUUUAGAAAAACUUCAAUUUGAAAUUCAGGGGUACAUGGCAGGUCUGUUAUACAGGUAAACCAGUGUCAUGGAAGGUUUGUUUUACAGAUUAUUUUAUCACCCAAGUAAGUAUUAAGCCUAUUCGUACCCAUUAGUUAUUUUAUCUGAUCUUCUUUCUCCUCCCACUCUCGACCCUCCAGUGGGCCUUAAUGUCUGUUGUUCCCCUCUAUGUUUCCAUGUGUUCUCAUCACUUAGCUCCCACUUUUUUUUUUUUUUU